CAGGCGGCGAGGAUUGAUCCGGCGCGGUCCGAGCCAUGCUACGCAUUCCGGAGCUUCGUGUGUAUCCACCGGCGGAGGAUUCGGACACGAGUGCGGGAACGCCACGCCGGCCGAUCAGCAAACGUUCGACACCGGGAACCAGCCGCCGUACGACGCUCGGCAGCGUGGAACUGCUGCCCCCGCUCAAGAGCAUCUCGCACAAUGUGUCGCACUCGUCGAGCCGCCGACCAUCGGUCGCCGGGCCCGGCCGGCGCCGUUCCGUCGUCCUCGACUUCUUCCGCAAGCAGGGCAGCCGGCUCUCGUUGAACCGCCGUUUCUCGGAGCUCUUUGCCGGUGACGAGCUGCGCUGGGACAGCAAGCCGCUGCUCCGGCACCACCAGCAAGCACAUGCUCAGCUGGCCACGGCUGUGUCGGCACUGUACGCGAAACUGCUGAUCAUACUCGGGAUCACGUUACCGGUGACGGAGCUAGUAUCGCGCCAGGCACCGAUCAACUUUCACCAACCGUUCUACCUCUACCUGUACGGUGUCAGCAUUGUGCUGUGCGCGCUGCUGCACCUGGAGCGGUACCGGCACCCGAUCGACGCAACGCAGCAUCCUGCUUCAUCAUCGACCGGUGACAGGGGAGGCUCGGCGCACCAUGCCUCGUUCUACCUGCGCAUCGGUGCGAUCGCGUUCGGCGUCGGCAGUCUCGUUUACUCGGCCCUCGACUUUGGCCAGUACUUCGAGCGGAGCCAUGACGAGGGCUGCGGUGGUGGCGUACUGGUAGCGCUGAUACCGGCCUUUCGCAUGCUGCUGUGCGUGAUCCAAAUGCAGUUCAUCAUCACGAGCGGCAAGGAGCUGGGCCUCGAGCGGUACCCGUUUACGGCCCGCUUUGGCCUGAUGCACCUGCUAGCGACUAACGUGUGCGAGUGGCUGUACGUGCUGGUGGAGGAGGCCAAGCAAGAGAUUGACCUUCUGCCACGCCACGGACGGGAUCAGCACCCCACCAACGGCACCAGCUACCUGCCGGCCACGGAUUGCCGGCCCCGGGGACACAUCAUGCGUAACGUCGUCAACAAUACGGCCCCGUUCCUCUUCCCGUGCACCAUCGAGUACUCGCUGAUCUGUGCGCUGACGAUGUACUCGCUGUGGCGCGGGAUAGCACGCCUCACCGGGCCGGGUUCGGGCGGGACCGGGAACCCCGGGGGCGGGGGCGGGGGCGCCCCGGAGCAGGGUGUGGCCGGCCGGGCAGCAAACCGGCUCUCGAUUGAUUGCUCCCGGGCCCAGGCCGGUUUGCUGGCCGGUAUCGUCACGCUCGUCGUCACCUUGCUCGUGCUGAUCAUGCACUUUGUGCUGCGGAAGCAGACGCACCACCGGGAGCUGCAGGUGCUGGCGAUGCUGGAGGUGGUCGUGUAUGAGCUGACCCUCUACUCGGUCAUGCUGGCGGCGGUCGGCCGGGCCAUGGUGAGCAUGCGGGAUCUGCGCGUGCUAACGCAGCGGAGCGGCCCGGCCCGGGUACAGCCACCGCUCCCACUGGACUGCCAUCUGCUGCUGCUCACCCAGACCGGCAUCUACCUCUACGGCGUGUUCUCGAUCAUCGGUACCUACCACACGUACGGCCGGGCCCUGCACUGGGCCGUCCUGUCGGAGGUGCUCGCGCUCGCCCAAACUUCCCUCCAGACGCUGUUCGUGCUGAACAGCUGGUGGCGCCGGAGCAAGGGCGCCCGCCAGAACCGGGACAAACCGGGGCGCCAGCUCGUGACGUUCCUGCUGGUGGCCAAUCUGGCCGCCUGGCUGGUGAAUGCGCUCGUCAAGAGCCACGCCAGCUUCCGGCCGCUGGUGAUGCAGUUUUACGGGGCGGGCGCUUGGUCCAUCAUCGCGCACGUCUCGAUGCCGCUCGCCAUCUUCUACCGGUUCCACUCGACGAUCUGUCUGUUCGAGAUCUGGAAGAACACGUACAAGGCCCGGUACCAGACGGACGCGGGGCGUGGGGCGGAUUUUUCGCGACGCCCAUCCACCAUUCCCCGUUAG